AUGGAGCAGCUGGAGAUCACGUCGGAGCAGAGCUUCAAGACGCACAACGACCUGCCGCUCGCGCGGAUCAAGCGCAUCAUGAAGUCCGACGAGGACGUGCGCAUGAUCUCGGCGCGCGCCCGCGCCGAGGCGCCCGUGCUCUUCGCCAAGGCCUGCGAGCUCUUCAUCCUCGAGCUCACGCUGCGGUCGUGGUGCUACUCGGAGCAGUCGAAGCGCACGCUGCAGAAGGAGGACAUCAGUGCCGCGAUCCACAAGACGGAGAACUUCGACUUCCUCGUCGACAGCGUCGGCCGCUCCGCGCCGCCGCCGCCGCCGCAGCCCUGA